GUGGGGGUGGCCUGCCAAACUCUGACGCGAGCGAUCCCAGGGUCGAGGUCAAACUUUGCCGCGUCUUCAUCCCCCUCCGCCCCGCCCCGCGCCACGACGCAGUCGCAGCACCAACGAGACGCGGAGCCCUGGAUCCCGCGGAGCAGGAGGCGGCCAAGCCGUCGCCCCCGCCCGCCGGCCGCAUCCGCUACCGCACACCCUCGUCCCCUGACCUCCUCCUCCCCACCGACGCCAGGAUGCGCCGCCACUCCGCGCUGCCAGCCGGGCGCCCGGAGACGCUCGCCGACCGCGUCCACCGCUACCGCGGCGUGCUGCUCGUCCUCCUCGCGCCGCUCGCGCUCGUCUCCCUCGUCCUCCUGCUCAUGCCGCGCUCGCCCGCCGCGUCCGUCGGCGGGAGGAGGACGGGGCCCAUGAGCGGCGCCGCGGGGGCUAAGAGGUACGCCGUCAUAUUCGACGCCGGGAGCUCCGGGAGCCGCGUCCACGUCUUCUGCUUCGACGCCAACCUGGAUCUGGUCCACAUUGGCAGCGAGAUCGAGCUCUUCGUGCAGAAAAAACCGGGACUUAGUGCGUUUGCCAACAACCCCCGGGAGGCUGCCGAUUCGCUCGUUUCUCUCCUUGAUGACGCCAAACGAGUGGUUCCCGCGGAAUUGCGCGACCAAACGCCUGUCCGAGUCGGGGCCACCGCGGGGCUGAGAAAUUUGGGAUUAGAAAAGUCCGAGCAGAUCUUGCAAGCGGUUAGGGAUCUUCUUCGUGAAAAGAGUUCCUUUAAAACCCAGCCUGAUUGGGUUACAGUUCUUGAUGGAUCGCAGGAAGGUGCAUACGAGUGGGUUACUAUCAAUUAUCUGUUGGGAAAUUUGGGAAAGACUUACGCAGACACAGUUGGAGUGGUCGAUCUUGGUGGUGGAUCUGUCCAAAUGGCAUACGCUAUCCCAGAGAAGGAUGCAGAAAAGGCUCCUAAACCAUCUGAUGGUGAAGAUUCAUACGUGAAAAAACUCUUCCUCAAAGGAACCACAUACUAUCUUUAUGUUCAUAGUUAUUUGCAUUAUGGGUUGCUGGCUGCUAGAGCAGAGGUCUUAAAGGCUGGCAAUAGCAAUGGUUACAGCAACUGUAUGUUAGAGGGAUAUCAAGGGCAAUACAAAUAUGGCAAGGAUACAUUUGAAGCAUCAGCUUCACCUUCUGGUGCUAGUUAUUCAAAAUGCAAGGAUGAUGCUGUGAAGGCUCUUAAAGUUGAUGAAGCAUGCACCCACAUGAAAUGUUCUUUUGGUGGCAUUUGGAAUGGUGGUGGUGGUUCUGGACAGAAGAAUCUCUUUGUAGCAUCGUUUUUCUUUGAUAGGGCUGCUGAGGCUGGAUUUGUAAACCCCAAGGCAGCUGUUGCUAAGGUUAAACCCUCAGACUUUGAACAAGCUGCUCAGCGUGCUUGUAAGUUAAGCGUGAAGGACGCCGAAGCUACCUACCCUGGUGUCCAAAAGGAUAACAUUCCAUAUAUCUGCAUGGAUCUCGUUUAUCAGUACACAUUACUUGUGGAUGGAUUCGGCGUUGAUCCAAACCAUGAGAUGACAUUGGUAAAGAAGGUCCCUUACAGUGACGCAUACGUCGAAGCAGCAUGGCCGCUUGGCAGUGCCAUCGAGGUUGCAUCUUCAUCAUAGGCAGAAAGCAGUUUAGCAGAGAACAUCACAAGGCGUUGUCAUCAUGAAGUUUUGGGUUGAGAGGUUUUCACUUGAUCGAUGCUGCGCUUGCCGAAUCCACCAUUUUGUUACUAAGUUCAUUCAUCCUCCUAUACGAUAGCUUUACGCACAAGGGAAGUCUCGGUUUGUACUUCGUUCCAGCGGCCCUUGUAAGGCUUAUUUUUUGUACUAAUGGAAGUAAGAUGAGAGCCUCUAUCAUUCUUUUUGACCUCUACAAGAGUGCAAGGAUGUGCAUAAAUACAUUAUUCGCUCCCUGAAAAUGCAUAGAUGUAUUGUCGAUUGACUGAAAAAGACUGGCGUCAGUAAUUAAAUGGAGUCGAGGGUUUGACCUUUGGAUCUAUAAAAAUGUCUUGCUGUGGC